UGCUUAUCUCCUAUCUUCUCUCUUCUUUAUAUUUUAUUUCUUUUUCUGUUUUUGGGGUGUCGUAUAUAUGUUUUGGUCGUUAAGGAGUUAUUAGUUAUAUUGUUUGGUUAAGAAGCAAGUCCAUCCAAAUUCAAAACCUUAAAUAACAAGUAUAUAGUUCCUAUAAAGAUAUAUGGACAAUAACCAAAAACAAGGAUCUUCUUCAUCAACCAUGAAUAACUUUGAUCAAUUUUUUGGUCCCAAGGACUCAUCCUCUACUUCAUCUUCCUCCCUCGCUCUCUUUGGUUCCAUUUUUCCGCCUUCAUCAUCUGUUGGAGGGAGAGAUUAUUCAAGAACAGAAGAUGUGGCAGGAAAACAUUUUGCAAUAUCAGGUAAAAGUAAGAGUAGUGGCAUGUCAAACAAGAAUGAGAGUGUGGUGGAGCCUAACUACUACAGCUCUUCAAUCUACUAUGGUGGUCAAGAAAUUUAUUCCCCAAGAAGCAGGACCACCACCACCGCCACUACUACUCCUCCUCCUCAACCCCACCAUCAUGCUUUCAAAAAAGAUAAGGAGGAUGAUGAUCCCGAUGGUAGCGAUCCAAACAGUGCUUCAAGAGGGAAUUGGUGGCAAGGUUCUCUUUAUUAUUAACAUAGCUUUAGGGGGGAAAAUAGACCAUUCCUAUUCAGUAUGUAGUGUUGCAGGAGAUGCUGAUUAACCACGUACGAUGUGUGCUCUAAUAAGCUUUAUUUGUUUUAGUUUCUUAGUGAUAUGUUGUCAUGUUCCAUAUGUAUGUACUCAACUUUUUGGGUUUUUUCUUUUAAUCUCCAUUUACUCUCGUGCUUAAAAAUAAUAAUAAUAAUAGAUAACAGUUCAUAUA